GACGCAUGAAAGUGAGGCAACUUGUCCAAGGCCCCUUAACCAGAUACUUGAGAUUCCAUGACUCAUCUCUAGCCCUGCUGGAGGAUGCUACUUGAGCAGGACCAGAUCUCACAUCUCUGAAGACCCUCCCCUCCCCUACCCAGAGUGUGAGACACAUCUUGGAUUGCAGCUGACUAUGGAGAGCAGAAGUCCACCAGCCACCUUAUACUGGCUGCUGUUGCUGCUGCUGCUGCUGCUGCCACUGCUACCUCACAUCCACCAGGGAUGGGCCUUGGGGCACACUCUCUCCACUGAGAGGUCUCAAGACUCUCCUACUAGGUACCUCAGCAGUGGCCCAGGACAAGAACCUGUUGCUGUCAUGACCUUUGACUUCACCAAGACCACCAAAACCUCUUCCUCCUUUGAGUUUCGCACCUGGGAUCCAGAGGGAGUGAUAUUUUAUGGGGACACCAAUGCUGAGGAAGACUGGCUCAUGCUGGGACUUCGGGAUGGAAGGCUUGAGAUCCAAUUGCACAAUCGCUGGGCCCAACUUACUGUGGGUGCUGGUCCUCGGGUGGAUGACGGGAGAUGGCACCAGGUGGAGGUGAAGACCGCUGGGGACUCAGUGCUGCUGUGGGUGGAUGGGGAUGAGAUGCUACGCCUGAGGCAGGUGUAUGGGUCCUGGGCCGACAAACCACAGCUCCUCAUGAGGAUCGCGCUGGGGGGGCUGCUCUUUCCUGCUUCCAAACUUCUGUUGCCGCUGGUCCCUGCCCUGGAUGGCUGCCUGCGCCGGGAUAGCUGGUUGGGCCAGCAGGCUCAGCCUUCAGCUUCUGCCUCUGCUAGUCUCAGAAACUGUAAUGUGGAAUUGCAGCCUGGGCUGUUUUUCCCUCCAGGGGCACGUGCUGAAUUCAGUCUCCAAGAUAUCCCACAGCCUCAUGUAGAGCCCUGGGCCUUCUCUCUGGACCUGGAACUCAAGCUGGCAGCUGGAUCUGGUCACCUGCUUGCCCUUAGUGCACGAGAGAACUCUUCUUGGCUUAGCCUUCACCUCCAAGAUCAAAAGGUAGUGCUGACUUCUGGGGCAGGGCCAAGACUAGAGCUGCCUGUGGCCUUGGGACUCCCUCUUCAGCUGAAGCUGGCCACAUCCACGGUGAUCUUGAAGCAAGGGUUAAAGACGGAGGUCUCUGCUGUGCCUCCUGAGGGCCGUGGCCCUCUCUCUGAGCUCUGGGCCCAGCCGCAGAGCCGCCUCUUCAUUGGUGCUUUACCAGGAGAGGAUUCUUCUGCCUCCUUUUGCUUGGAUGGCCUUUGGGCACAAGGGCAGAAGCUGGACAUGGAUCGGGCCCUAAGCAGAAGCCAGAAUAUCUGGACUCAUAGCUGCCCCCAGAGCUCAAGCAAUGACACUGAUAUCUCCAAUUAA